GGCGGUUCUCCUUGUAUUGACCUAAAACACUUUGGUUCAUCAUCUUCUGCGGAGCAGGAGGCAUCACCAGCAGCAAUAACAAAUAUCAAUGGCGAGCAUGCGUCGAGGUCCACUCCUGUUGGGCGUCCCGCUGAGAGCAGUCUUUCUUCUCACGAACCAGGAAAAGAAGACACUCAUCCUCCUUCAGCUUCACCAGAAGAUCCAGAUACCGCUAAACAUGGAGCUGAACCUGAAACUCAGGUUGGCGCUAGUCGUGAAGGUGAAGAGCAACUGGAAGAGGGCGCACAGCAUGAAGAGGUACGAGAGACGAAGGAAGAAGAUCAAGAUGACGGAAUGGCAGGAGGUGAAGGAGAAGGUACAAAAGGUGCGGCUCAGCAGAGUUCAAAAACUACUGAUCCACUUGACGUGAUCUCUGAACAGAGUGCGGGCCUCCGGCUCCGAGAGUAUCUCCGCAAAUUGCUCCAGGAAGUACUUCAAGAUGGCCGGACCGUGGCCAAGGCCGCAGUAGCUUAAGAGAAACAACAACACGCAUCGCAAUAUUCGAGGAGAUGGAGUUCCACCAGUUCAAGUCGUGCAGAGAUGCCUCGCGGGAGACGACCUUAAAGUCGAGGAUUUUGACGGGACCCCGGGACUGUAAGGAUGACCGACAACAUGAGGGCAGACUCCGGUGCUUAGCGGCUGCUCGCAAUCAGAUGCUUCCCGGUACUAGCCUACGACACUGCCACGACAAC